UUAAUGGAACUCAAAGUCUCGCCGACGAAUGCCGUGAGUGUAGCCAAACUCCUGCAGACCAGGACCAUCCAACACUCGAAACGCAACAGGCGGGAUGCAGUUGCUAAGAGCCACGUUGAACGCCAAACUCCUGAAAGUGCACAUGAACGUUUGAUAUACAUAUGUUCGCGCACUUGUGAUACUUCACUGCAUACCUGAGGUAGGUGAAGGCUGCCCGAUGGUAGCCGUUGAGGUCCAGCACCUCCACAACGCUCCGCAAGGCCCGUGCCUGAAGCCAGGCAAUCCCGCCAUGCUCGUCGACAGCAAACUCCAUAUCUCCGCGACCCAUUGCGAAGUAGAGUGCCAGGGCCUGUCUCGAUAUGGUCUCCAUCAUCCCCUGGAUCAUGACACGUGUCCUCUCGUCGUGAUUGUCAUUCAUCAUCAGCUUGGUCACUGCAGCACUGCCACCUCGGUCGACCGCAAAAGCGCACACGUCCGCAUCGGUUGUGCCAUUCAUCAAAUCAUUCGCAUCGCGCCCGAUUUGUCCCUCUAAAACAAACACAGAUGAGUCGGCUUGAUGAGGAAUGAAGACGCAUCCCGCCAUGCGUGGCCGAACGACCAUCUGCUGGAUCACGACUGCCAUUCGCGCAUUGCCGCUCCUCAGCUGGGCCUCUUUGCCGAAUAGUGACCACACGACGCAUCGAAUCGCAGCCGGAAGGCCGUCUCUGUCGACGUCCAGCUUGCUGUCGAAUGUACCGCUCAUCGAGUCCUUUUGGCCAUCCUCCACGUCUGCUGAAGACCUCACAGCCCAUCUUUGGCACCCGCUCGCAGCCUCGGUUGAGGCCAAGUGCUCGUCGAUCCAUGCAGAGGCAAGCUGCUCGAAUGCCCUCUCGAUCUUGCCAAUAUCAUCGUCCUUGCAUGCCAUCAUUGAAUAGGCGUCAUCGAGCGAGUCUGCUCCGGUGGCGGCGCUGAGCCACUGCAGGAUCGUAGGAAUCUCGAUUGCGAUGAAAUGGGGAACGUAGGCGGUUAGCUUGAGGCGUCCAAGGGCAUUUUUCAGGAGCAGCAGGCCUGCCGCUUUGCCCCCUUUCGUUGCGAGCACUCCGGAAUCGGCCGGGACGGGCGGGACAUCGCGCAGGGGAUCACUGGUCCAUUCUUCGCAGGGUGUCGAGAAGAUAGAGAUGCGAGCGUAGUCACCCUGGAUACAGACAAAGCAUGUGUCUACGGAAAAGCUGGUCGAAACUUCGUGUUGCACCUACCUCGAGGGGCUCGUCGCAGUCAGUCCACUCGCUCCACACUGCGUAGGGAGUCGCCGAGACUCUUCCGUUUUGAAUGUGUGCCGUGAAUGCUUGCGUGAGAUUGAUGGCACACCGACAGCGGACCAGCGCCUGGAUGGCGACCUCCUGAAACGCACAAAACGCAACGGACUCUUCUGCAUUUAUGUGUGUUCAUACAUGCAUGGAUGUCAAUUACUUUGGAACACUGCUUGAGCAAUACAAGUGUGUCUUCGUCAACUCCCGCGACGUCUUCAAACGACCGAACCCAUUUCACACGGCCCUCGAAAGGCGUCUGGCCUUCAAAAACGAAUCCCUUCAUCGAAUGCUCGACCACUCGAGUGUCAUCGAACGUGGCUGAGCGCGAAUCUCCCUCUCUCCCCUGAGUAUGCAACAGGCGCACCCGCAUGCCAGCAUUAGAUCUGAUAUUUGCACACGCCCCGGGGAGCUCCCCGCAUUUGUACCAU